UCACGCGGUUGUCGUACUCGAGUGAGAGCUAACCGCUAGUCUAGUUUCUACACUACUCCGGGUUGACUGCGCACAGCCUCAGACUCACGCACCGCGUUUAAGUUAGCAUGGAUCCCUCAGCUCGUAUCUAUUCACGCUUCAAUCUGCGUCUAUACGAUGUUGUCGUCCUCGUAGUCUCCAAUGCCUGGGCAUGGCGAUGCUCUACGACCUUGACUCUCCUUCCAUUCUUCCACAAGAACUUGGGCGAGAGUGCCCAUCUAGACGUGGGUGCCGGCACCGGGUAUUACCUCGCCAAAUCGGUGCACCCUCUCUCAAAGACGGGGAACGUCACGUUACUCGAUCUCAACGAGGCGACGCUGAAUACCGCGACGUCGCGACUACGCCACGCGGGGUACAAGGGGACCAUCGACGAGGUACAUCAUAACGUGUUCCAACCCCUCCCCGAGAGCCUUCGCGGACGAUUCGACUCUGUCUCCCUAUUCUAUGUUCUCCACUGCCUCCCGGGUAGAAUGGAGGACAAGGGACCGAAGGUGCUCGCUAACCUGGCGGACGGUCUGCGUCCCGACGGCGUGCUGUAUGGCGCGACCAUACUGGGACGAGGCCAAGGCGUAUCGCACAAUUGGCUCGGCAGGCGGUUGAUGUGCCUGUACAACAAGAAAGGCAUGUUCGGUAAUGCGGACGAUACCCUCGAUGAACUCAAACGCGCUCUGGAGCGUUAUUUCGAACAAGUCGAAGUGAAGCUGGUAGGGGUGGUAGCCCUAUUCGAAGCGCGGCGACCGAAGAUGAAAUGUACCAGAAAAGCUUCAUGAGUGGGUGGAUGGACGUCUGGGCGGUCGGAUGACGGUGCUUAAUUGGACGACUGUGUCCAGGGAGCGGCGAGAGGCGAUAACGGGCGGUAGUGGUCCUCUAAGUAGGUACUGGGCCAACUUUGUAUGGCACACUGAUCUACAUAUCUCAGGUAGAGGACCAACGAGGACGAAGUUGUUCGUCAUGCGAUGCAAUGCCGCCGUAGCUUGCGCUGUGAGUCGCAACAGUCCCCUCCCGGCACACUCAGCGCGUUGUGUGUGGCGAU